AUGUACGGAAUCAAUAGUGAUGUCUUGGGCAGGCCUCGACUGUUCAAACGAUCUCAAUGGACAAGGUGGUUGCUGUUGUUGAAACAACGAACCGUAACCUACGAGGUUUGGGAGUACUUGGAUCCGAAGACACCGGACGAAAGUGCAAAGUCCUUCCUGAUUCCAGAUCCAGGGCUUUACAGGUCUAAGCCUUCUCUCUAUAGAAUCCUACUGAAGAUCAAGAACGCCCCACAAGACUCAGAGUGCUCGAAAAGAGAUCCGAUGGAAGAAUACACUCUAGCGACGGAAGAAUACGCUAUAGAAGAAACUGAUUACUUGCUAUGGGAAGAAAGGAAAGCUCGGUGGAUCAGGCAACAAGAAGGCCUCUGGAUCGCAUUAAUGUUCAUUCACUCGACAUUAUUACCGAAGCAACAUCAAUUUAUUACCAAUCAAGGUGACAUUCGACAAAUGAUCAAGGAUCUUGAGGAUGCAUUCAGCCCAGAAAAUGACUUGAGUCACUUCUUUCGGCCACCGUUCAGGUGA